CUAUGGUUACGCGUUUGCAUACUCUCUUUCUCGCUCGCUCUUGUUAUUUACAAACGAUGAGCAGCGAGCUUAACACGAGCGUAAACCGAACCGCGCCGAGUUCCGCCGAGCUCCUCCGAGUGACGAAACGGCGCGACGGCCAUAGUCGAUGAAGGACGAACGUGAAAUGUUAUUUCGCUUUUUUUUUCUGUGGUUGUGAUAAUACAAGAAGUUUCGUAGUGAAAGAAUGUGAAAAUAAACAAAAAUGGCACCGCAAUUAUCGCCAAAUGAUAGAGAGCGAAUAAUCCUCUUGAAGCUGCAUGGCCAUAAUGUCGCUGAAAUAGGGCGAAUCACUGGAAUAUCGGACUGGACGCUCCGGAACCGCGUCCAUUUGACGAGCCCAUGAGCCCGCACUAGACAGUCGGCUAUGUUCCAGCGGCAGACGAUACACUUCUGGUUGAAGCGAUGGGAGGAGUGUGGAGACACUACUGCGCACCGCCGCAAGCUGUAUAAAAGAGUCACGACGGCGCCGCAGGACGCGGAUAUAGUGGCAGCUCACAUAGCCGACCCCAAUCUGAGCACUAAAGCAACGUCGCAGAAGUUCAAUAUAUCAGUUUACACCGUCAGGAGAAGGAUAAAAGAAUACAACCGUAAAUUGCAGCAGCAGUUAUUAACCGGCAACACUGAACAGAUAAACAACACACCUUUAGUUUUUAUCAAAGAAGAAAGAGAGAAAACACCCGCACAAAAGGAAGAGCAAGCGAGAAAAAUAAAAACCCAUGUUAUGAGUCUGAAUAACCAAUUCAGUAGAGUGACCAAUAUAAUGUCUCAAGAAAAUACGGGUAGUAAUUUAUCACUAAUAAAGAGAUUAGAAAAAGUUUUGACUGCGAUCGGGACGUACUCUGAAGCGAGAGCGUUUGCCUUGGCCAAAACACAGACGAAAAAGAAGAAAAAACUUCCUACUACGACGGUUCGGCGAAAAGACAACGUCAUACAAGCUCCGAAAAAACAAAAUCCGCUCGGCUCCUGUGAUCCUCUACAGAAUAUGCAGUUAAAUGCAACCGCGCCAAUGUAAAGUGCAUAAAAAACAUAAUCGUACGCUGAACGAACAGUAUUAAUUUAUCAUAGGUUAUAAUAAGACAGUGACGACAGUGGCUUGGCGUGCGAUAAAUCGAAAAUAGAUUGAUUUUCAUAUUUUUAUUAUUUUAAUAAAGUAGAUAAUAAUUU